GCCGGCUCUCACUCCCUCGCGCCUCCCGCUCCCCUCGCGCCUCCGGGGCCGCCGCGCGCACCAGAUCCAUUGAACUUGGAAAACUACUAAAGACAAGAAGAAGAUAACAAAGAGAAGUAAAAAUGCCGAAACCAAUCAAUGUAAGAGUAACUACUAUGGAUGCAGAGCUGGAAUUUGCUAUCCAGCCCAAUACAACUGGCAAACAGCUAUUUGACCAGGUGGUGAAAACAGUUGGCCUGCGUGAAGUCUGGUUUUUUGGGUUGCAAUAUGUAGAUAGUAAAGGCUAUUCAACUUGGCUUAAGCUAAAUAAAAAGGUAACACAGCAAGAUGUAAGAAAAGAAAAUCCUCUGCAGUUCAAAUUUCGAGCUAAAUUCUUUCCUGAAGAUGUGUCUGAAGAACUAAUUCAAGAAAUAACACAAAGACUUUUCUUCUUACAAGUUAAAGAGGCAAUCUUAAAUGAUGAAAUAUAUUGCCCCCCUGAAACUGCUGUUCUUUUGGCUUCCUAUGCUGUCCAAUCUAAAUAUGGAGAUCAUAAUAAGGAAAUUCAUAAACCUGGCUACCUGGCUAAUGACAGACUACUACCUCAACGAGUUUUGGAACAGCACAAACUGACAAAAGAACAGUGGGAAGAAAGAAUACAAAACUGGCAUGAAGAGCACAGAGGGAUGUUAAGGGAAGAUUCAAUGAUGGAAUAUUUGAAGAUUGCACAAGAUCUGGAAAUGUAUGGUGUCAACUAUUUUGAAAUAAAGAAUAAAAAAGGAACUGAAUUAUGGCUAGGUGUUGAUGCUUUGGGUCUGAACAUUUAUGAACACGAUGACAAGUUGACGCCUAAAAUUGGUUUUCCCUGGAGUGAAAUCAGAAAUAUUUCAUUUAAUGACAAAAAGUUUGUCAUAAAACCAAUCGACAAGAAGGCACCUGAUUUUGUUUUCUAUGCACCUCGUCUGAGAAUCAAUAAAAGGAUUUUGGCUUUAUGCAUGGGAAACCAUGAGCUCUACAUGCGAAGAAGAAAGCCUGAUACAAUCGAAGUACAACAGAUGAAGGCUCAGGCUAGAGAGGAGAAACAUCAGAAGCAGUUGGAAAGGGCACAACUAGAAAAUGAAAAAAAGAAGAGGGAAAUAGCAGAAAAGGAAAAGGAGAGAAUAGAGCGAGAAAAGGAAGAGCUGAUGGAACGUCUAAGACAAAUUGAAGAACAGACGAUGAAAGCUCAGAAAGAACUAGAAGAACAGACUAGAAGAGCCCUAGAAUUGGACCAGGAACGAAAGCGAGCAAAAGAGGAAGCAGAACGGCUGGAGAAGGAGCGUCGAGCUGCGGAGGAAGCCAAGGCUGCUCUAGCCAAGCAGGCAGCUGACCAGAUGAAAAAUCAAGAGCAGCUAGCAGCAGAACUUGCAGAAUUCACUGCCAAGAUAGCACUUCUAGAAGAAGCCAAGAAGAAAAAAGAAGAGGAAGCUUCAGAAUGGCAACACAAAGCUUUUGCAGCCCAAGAAGACUUGGAGAAGACCAAAGAAGAACUGAAAACUGUAAUGUCUGCCCCUCCCCCACCUCCUCCACCACCAGUUAUUCCUCCAACAGAGAAUGAACAUGAUGAACAUGAUGAGAAUAAUGCUGAAGCUAGUGCCGAACUGUCUAAUGAUGGUGUUAUGAAUCAUAGAAGUGAGGAAGAGCGUGUUACAGAAACACAGAAAAAUGAACGUGUGAAGAAGCAGUUACAGGCAUUAAGUUCAGAAUUAGCCCAAGCCAGAGAUGAAACAAAGAAAACACAAAACGAUGUACUUCAUGCUGAGAAUGUUAAAGCAGGCCGUGACAAGUACAAGACCCUGCGGCAGAUUCGACAAGGCAAUACAAAACAACGUAUUGAUGAAUUUGAAGCAAUGUGAGAGCUGUUAUUUUUGCAUAUAUGUUCUUCAUAAGCUGAACCACCAACAGAGAAAAGCAGGCCUUUGCAGAUUUGAUGGAUUGCAUCCCACCUUGCCAAAGUGCUUAUACCAGUUUGACUGUGGUGGUUAAAAAGACAAAUUUAAGGGAAGCUAUUCAACAUUAAGGCAGUAUGACAUUAUGCUUGAUAUUUGUUUUCUUUUCUCUUUCUUUUUGGCUGAGGAAUGAGGAAGCAUGUUCUAUCACCUGUCACAUUUUCCAUGUUCAUUGUUUUUCCAUUUGAAGAUUAACACUAACAAUAAUGACUGACAGAUGUGUGUUUGAUCUUAGCACUUUGAGAAUUUAAAAAGAUUCUGGCAAUGGGGACUUAUGAAUGUUUAGGUAGGAUCCUCCAUUUUCCCCUCUCCCCUUUUACAUUACUCUCGGAUAUAUUUCAGCAUCCCUUCACUCAUUCACCUACCCACACUUUUCUUUUGAUGCCCGUUACACCUCUUGCCAUACACAUAUCCAGAGUUCUGCCUUUAUACAAAUCAUUGACCUUCAAUCUUUUAUGAAUGAGGGCAGGUAGCAAAGUGGGGCACCUUGGCCUAACAUAUAAAGAAUGCAAAAAAGUCUUAUAAAAGACCAUAUCUGAGUGGUGUGGUGUGCAGCUGUUUAUUUUUUAAACAAUUCCACUUUAUUCACAUAAUUAAAAACUAGAUAUGCUUAUUUUUUACUAAGUUCUUCUUUCUUACAUAAAUGCUUUGGUGUUUAAUCUCCUGUCAUCCUUUGGCCUUCCAUGCCUUCUAGUUCACAAAAGUCUAGACAGCAGGCAGUAGUACUAAAAGAGAACUUAUGAAUGGAACACUACCUGCAAAUAAUGGACUACCGAAAGGCUUGAAUAAUAUUGUUCUUCAGAUAUGCCUUACUAAAAAAAAGUGUAUAUUUUACUGAUAAUUUAUUUGUAUUGACAAAAACUUGGACCUUUCUGGCAAUGGAGCAUAUGAAAACAUCAAUCCCAAAGAAGGGGGCAGUAGUAUACUACCUCAUAACUAUAUACAUGAUGACUAGUCUUUCAAACACCAUAUAAAGUUAAGCAUGGAAGCUGUAAGUUUAAUAAUUCAUAGUGAUUCUUUUAGAUCACAGAAGAGGCUUCCUCAGAAAAAGAUUUCCUUUUUCUUUGGGAGAUUUUGUACUGUUCAUUGUUUAACUGCCUUUUUGUUGAGUUAAAUUGUAAAAGUUUAUGAUUUGUAUUACAAUUGUAAGCUCUCACUGGUAUACUCUUAGUGGAGGGGUGUUGCAUGUUUGGGAAGGGAGUAUGUGUGUGUGUGUGUGUGUGUGUGUGUGUGUGUGUGUGAGUGAGAGAGAGAGAGAGAGAGAGAGAGAGUAUGAGAAAUAGGGAGUGACUGGCGGGGAAAUGCUGCCCUUACCUUAGAUGAAGAAAAUUUAUAGUUCAACUUCUUGGCACAAUUAUUUCAUGAUCAUUUAGGCAUACUUAGUAUCUGAAUCAUUUUGCUUGUUUUUCUAAGUCUGUUAAUGAGGAGACAACAUUUGAAUUGUUAAUCAUGUUUUUGUGUGUUACGCUUAGUUUAUAUUAAUUUCAAAUAUGUCCUUCUUAAGUAAUCUUAAAAACUAAUAUGGUCUAAAUUGUUUUUCUUCAUUGUAAAGUGCCCAUAUUUGGAGUUAAGGAGGGAAAAAAGCCUUAUUUUCUCUGAGGGUGGUUCAGCUACCUUCCGUUUGGUAUUAUGUACUCAAACUUACAUUUAUCUAUUAAUAUUGCCAUUUUAUUAAACAUUUUUCCAUGCACAGUAAGUUCAACUUAUAUCUGAAAAAGUUCUCUUGUGCUUUCUUUUUUUAAUUUAUGCUGACUUCAAAAAGGAAUAAUUUGGGCAGACAUAAUGAUAAGGAAAAGUUGUAUUUAAUAUAUUUCAGCUUUGUGGGAUUAAAGGUAGCUGGUUAACUUUGACAUGACUGGUGUGCAAACAUGGUGCACAUGCUUUUAAACUUUGCUUUGUAGAAGAGAGUGUUCCUUCCUACAGUGUGACCUGAAGUACUUCAAAGGGACCUUGAUAGAUCCCAAGUUUGGUGCACUGAAGCAUAAGCAUUCAUUCCAAUUUCCCAAAGUUUUGCCAUAGCAGGUAAAAUAUUGUGCCUCCAGUGGAUUCUGGGUUUGUUCCCCUUUGAAAUAAAUGCACCAACAUUGAUGUGUCAGCUUAAUAUCAGUGUUGAAAAAUUACUGGUUAUAGUUGCUGUUCACAAUCUAUAAUAUAUAGAUUUGAAUUAAAAUGGAUGGAUUUAAUCCAUUUAUAAAGCCGUCUGAAUUUUUCUAAUGCAGGAACAACCAUUUAUAAUUUGGGUUUUCAUAAUGAUCAAAGCAGUGUAGCUUCUUACUCACCAUUGGGAGUACAUGCUCAUGCAGCCAUGUUAAGAAUACUUAAUAAUCAUUUGAUAAAGUGAAUUUACAUUAUGCUUUUUACCCUUAGUGAGAGUUUAGCAUCAUGAUUUUGUGUUGUUCAAUUAAGCUACGAUUACAUCUAUUAUUUUGGAUAACAUUCAUUGGUUAACAAUAAAGAGAUUAAAAGUUCAUGCCUUUAAGGUUCACUGUUGUUAUUUAUUACUGAAAUCACACCUCUUUUUUGGUUUGGAAGUGAGUCCAUUGGCUGCUAGUUGCUAGUUCUCAAUAGAUGAAUCCAAUUAUCAGAUUGAAUUGGCUCUUUUGAGAACUAACACUAAUUUGGCUAUAUAAAUAUUUCCAGCCGUUGUUUUCAUUUAGGCCCUUGUUACGGAACGUUGGUUUCAUUGUCAUUGACUCAUUUCAUUUAUUAAAGUACAAAAAUGUU